UCUGAACCAGCAACCAUGGUUGCUCUGAACCUCAACACAUCGAAAGUAUUAUUACCCUUUGCCUUGUGGCCCUCCACAAGUUCAAGUGUGAGUACUGGUGCAUUUGGCGUGGUGAUGAUGGAAGCCCAAAAGCAAAAACCUUCGUCUUCCAAAACCCGCAGGAAAUCAUCAUCUUAUGGAACCUCUCGAAGAUCAAUUCUGAAGAAAACCUUCAAGCAAGAGCAAGUGACCUUCACCGCUUCAUUCUCAGAUGACCCACUUGUUGCCAUUAUCGGUGGUGGCAUCUCCGGUCUCAUUUGCGCCCUCUUCUUAGAGAAACGUGGUGUUCGCUCCACUGUAUUCGACACCGGUAUUCAUGGACUUGGAGGAAGAAUGGGAACCAGGGUUAUUGAUCCUCCUCCUCAUCCGUUGAUAUUUGAUCAUGCGGCUCAAUUCUUUACUGUAAGUGAUUCUCGGUUUGCUGAGCUUGUUAAUGCUUGGAUAGACAAGGGUUUGGUCCGUGAGUGGCAGGGUACCAUAGGAGAGCUUCAGAAUGGUGGUCACUUUGUUCCAUUUGUACCCUCUCCUCCAAGAUAUAUAGCUACAAAUGGAAUGCGGUUCCUUGCUGAUUCUUUAUUGUCUGAGACUAGCAUGGUAAAUUUAGUGAGGCCAUGCUGGAUUAGCAAACUGGAACCAUUCAAUGGGAUGUGGCACUUGAGUGAAAAUGGGAAACCUUGUGGGAGCUUCGAUGCAAUUGUUAUUGCACACAAUGGAAAAUGUGCAAAUCGCUUGCUUAUGACAUCGGGAUUACCAUUAAUUGCAAAACAAAUGAAGAGGUUGGAGUUGAGUUCAAUAUGGGCCCUUCUUGCAGCAUUUGAGGACCCUCUUCCUCUUCCAGGUUGCACAGAAGUUCCUUUUGAAGGAGCUUUUGUGAGAGGAGUUGAUUCAGUGUCAUGGAUGGCCAAUAAUACCAAGAAACUACGGACUUCCCAGAGUGGUGGUCCUCACUGUUGGACCUUUCUGAGCACUGCCGCUUAUGGAAAACAGAACAAGGUUCCACAGGAAAACAUCCCUACUGCUACAGCAGAAAAGGUAAAGGCAGGUAUGCUAGAGGGUGUUGAGGCUGCCCUUGGAUUAUCAAAGGGGUCACUUCCAAAACCUUUUUAUACUAGGCUCCAACUAUGGGGUGCAGCUCUUCCAACCAAUACACCUGGAAUUCCUUGCAUCUUUGAUCCCUUUGGGAGGGCUGGGAUAUGUGGUGAUUGGCUGCUAGGUUCUAAUAUAGAGGCAGCAGUCUUAAGUGGAAUCGCUCUAGCUAACCAUAUUGCAGACUAUUUCCAAAGCCCCGGAACAGACCAUGAAGAGUUUGCUAUUGGUUUGAAUCAUGAGUUUCAACCACUGGAAGGCCAUGAUAUUGGACAAUUCCCAGGUUUGGGGUCAGAAGAAAAGAUGAAUGAAGCCCCAGUAUACAAACUUGCCAAGUAGGCCGUAGUUCUCAUGAAGCAGAUCCUCUAGUAACAGAAAACUCAUUUCAUAUGCACGCAAAGAAAUGCCCUUGAAAGUAGCGUCACUGGGUAUCAGUGGAAGAUUUAACUUGAUACACAAACUAUCGUUGGGGUAAUAGGGGCCUUAUCUUCCUCAGCAGCGACGUGACAUGGCACAUAAUGGUAAUUUACUUGUCUCUUUUGAAGAAAGAGAUAAUGGCAUUCUUGUGUUUAUGGGAAUGAAAAAAAUUGAGUCCCCGAAUGAAAUUUUGAGAAAUUAAUAAAACCCUCAUUCUCGUCCAUUACAAUUAAUUUUCUUUUCAAUUUCCAGGUCAGAGAAAACAUUAAAUUUGAAUCGUUAGGAACUGUAUUAAAUGCAAUUUUUGCC